AAAUCAGUUUUGUUAGAAUUUUAGACCUAAUUUUAUGUGGGCUGUGUUUCAGUUAUUUCUAAAUUUCUUUCAGGAAAAUCCAGCUAUGGCUGUAGCAAUCAAAACAUGUAAAAACUGCACCUCAGACAGCGUUAGAGAAAAGUUCCUACAAGAAGCCUUAACAAUGCGUCAGUUUGAUCAUCCUCACAUUGUGAAGCUCAUUGGAGUUAUUACAGAAAACCCAGUGUGGAUAAUCAUGGAGCUCUGUACGCUUGGAGAGCUGAGAUCGUUUUUGCAAGUAAGAAAAUUCAGCUUGGACCUGGCCUCCCUGAUCCUCUACGCUUACCAGCUUAGCACAGCACUUGCUUACUUAGAGAGCAAAAGAUUUGUACAUAGAGAUAUUGCUGCUAGAAACGUGCUGGUAUCUGCCACUGACUGUGUGAAAUUGGGUGACUUUGGCUUAUCCCGAUACAUGGAAGACAGUACUUACUAUAAAGCUUCCAAAGGAAAGUUACCUAUCAAAUGGAUGGCUCCAGAGUCAAUCAACUUCCGACGGUUUACCUCAGCAAGUGAUGUGUGGAUGUUUGGUGUGUGUAUGUGGGAGAUCCUGAUGCAUGGGGUAAAGCCCUUCCAGGGAGUGAAAAAUAAUGAUGUUAUUGGUCGGAUUGAGAACGGUGAGCGGCUGCCCAUGCCUCCAAACUGCCCUCCCACCCUCUACAGCCUUAUGACCAAGUGCUGGGCAUACGACCCUAGUAGACGACCCAGGUUUACUGAACUUAAAGCACAACUCAGUACAAUACUGGAGGAGGAGAAGCUGCAGCAAGAAGAACGAAUGAGAAUGGAAUCCAGGCGACAAGUCACAGUAUCCUGGGACUCAGGAGGAUCAGAUGAAGCUCCUCCCAAGCCUAGCAGGCCUGGUUACCCCAGCCCAAGGUCCAGUGAAGGGUUUUAUCCGAGUCCUCAGCAUAUGGUACAGCCAAAUCACUACCAGAACAAAAUUGAGUUUGGUGAAUUGAGCCUAGUAGGUUUCCUCCAGAUGGUAAUUAUUUCCAUAUCUGAUGUAGUGCUCAAAUUCCUAAAACUGAAGUGA